AUGGGACAAGUUCUGAGUUCCUCAACAACCCGUCCUGGGGAAAUACAAACUACAGCCUUUGAAAGCGACAUGUCUUCAUCGGAAAGUGAUUUCGCAGACUAUCAACCUGCAGAAGACCAGCCUAAGGUGCCCUUAGAAUGGCUUCUCCUGGAGUUUAUCCAAGUCACUUUUCAACACCCAGCAUACAAAGACAACCGCAUAUUUGCUCACAGCACAGUUGUUCAUGCGUACAUUAUCGCACUCACACUUCAAGCCACCACUGUACCUAGCAUCCACCCCAAAAAACGAAUGAUUGCCCUUCGAGACCUCGCAGUACGUCUUAACCUCAAAGUCAAACCCCGCUCCAACCUCAAGAAAGACGCAUUCACAUCUCUCACUACGCUCUGUGAGUUCAUCAGAAAGACCCUCAAGGACGAGAUGAAAUGGCUCGAGGGAAAAGAAGCCGAACGAGUAAAUAGACCGAGUAACCAAAUCGGCGGCCUUUUUCACUAUGGUACCGAGCCUGCCAGCAAUUUGAUAAGACGUGCGGCACGCUUAAGUUAUCGUUCCGGCAUCGAACUUGAGAGAGUCGAAAAGAUUGUGAGGGAGAUAAUCGAAAGUAGUGAGCUAGAAGGAGUGGAGGAGGUGGCUCCGGAUGAUUUCCCAUCUUGCUUGCCGCAACUCCUUCUACAGAGGGUUCCCGAACCAAACGAUAUUCCAACAAGCCUCGAAAUGGACGAGAACCGCGCUAAAGCAUCUCUGGCUAUCCUGGAAUACCGAGAACGUCUGAAGGUUAGUUCUGAGGAGCUUCUGAAGAGAAUGACAACCGAUACCAGCACGAAGCGACUACAAGGAGGUGUGGAUUUGUUGUGGGGCAUCCAGGACGCACAUAAGGAGCUGAUUGGAAAACUUGAGGCGCUACUGAACACCGAGAAUCAAGAGGACGAUAAGGUCGCUGAUGUGGACUAA